AUGCGGGGCCACUUUGAGUGUCCACCAUACAACCAGCAAACAAUUAGAAGUGCUUACCAUGUAAGGAAUAUCGAAGUCUUCAAACUCAAGCAGUUAAAACGUCCAAUUGAUAUAUUUAUGUCACAUGACUGGCCAAGGAGCAUAUAUCACUACGGAAACAAGAAACAGCUCCUUAAAAUGAAAUCCUUCUUCCGUCAAGAAGUAGAGAGCAACACAUUGGGAAGCCCUGCUGCUUCAGAGCUUCUACAGCAUCUGAAACCCACCUACUGGUUCUCAGCACAUCUUCAUGUUAAAUUUGCAAGAAAAAGGGGGGGGGAGACAAACUCCAAAGAAGAGCUACCAAAAGCAACAAAGUUUUUGGCUCUGGAUAAAUGUCUGCCACACAGAGACUUUCUGCAGAUAAUAGACAUUGAGCAUGAUCCUAGUGCAGGUGACUCACUGGAGUACGAUGCUGAGUGGAUUGCAGUCCUCAAGGCCACCAACAGUCUUGUCAAUGUGACUCAGAGCUCAUGGAAUAUGCCUGAAAAGAAUGGCCUCCAUGCAAAGUGGGAUUACAGUGCGACAGAGGAAGCCAUCAAGGAGGUGUUAGAAGAGCUGAAUCAUAACCUCAAAAUUCCUUGUAACUUCACAUUGACAGCUGCUUGUUAUGAUCCCAGCAAGCCCCCAAAACACAUGGAACCAGUUCAUACCAUCAAUCCACAGACCACUGAGUUUUGUGCCCAGUUUGGCCUCACUGACAUCAACAACAGGAUCCAGCGAGCUAAAGAGGAGGGCUCAGUACAAGGCGAAUACGAAGAGGAGGAGGAGGAAGAGGAGAUGGACAGUACUGGGUCCGCAGAGGAACCCAGUGAAUAUAAUACAGAUAAUUCUGCGCUUUCAUCCAUUAAUCCAGAUGAAAUAAUGCUGGAUGAAGAAGGUGGUGAUGAAGAUUUGAGCACAUGUUCUGUAGAUCCUUCCCCUGAUCAUCCUCCUGACUUUUCUGCAAGUUUUUCUGACAUCCGGAUCAUGCCAGAUUCCAUGGCGGUAUCAUCCGAUGAUGCUAUGGAUUCUACUAAUGAGGAACUGGAGAAGUCUGGGGUGAGUAAGCAGGUGGAAGAGAAGAGCUUAAAUGAGAGACCAUUAAAGCGUAUUGGUGGUAAUGAAAAUGGAAACAGUGGCAUUAAAAAAAUUAAGAGAAGGAAUCAAGCUAUCUAUGCUGCAGAGGAUGAAGAUAAAACAGAAUAAUACUUCAUAUGAUGUAUAAAUAAGUCCUCUCUGUACCUUUUUAUGGGAAGGUGGUGAGAACUGUGGUGGACUCAUGCUUUUAAUGUUACUUGAU